CGGUAAGGCGUGGGUGAUCCACAGACAGCUUGCCCUACCCACCCUCGCCACCCCCGCCUUCCUUGGGCACUCGGCGCCCCUCUCGCCACACGCCUCUGGAAAAUCUUGGGCUGGAAGAGGUUGGUAAAGGAGGGGGCGGCAAACACACACACACACACUCCCUCCCCACCCUCACCGUAUGGUGGAGUCGGUACUGCACUUGGGGCAGGUCUCCGCUAGUGGCACUUGGGCCUGCGGGAGAGGCGACGGGCACCUCACACGCGCCGCCGCCGUCGCCGCCGCCUGCUGACGAAGGCCCCCCUGCAGGAGGUCACCCUCGGGCACGACGCAGCGGGACGUCGACCUUGCCGCCCCGGAGGAAGUGCUGUGAGGGCGGUCAAGUGGUCGAGGGGUGUGUGUGAGAGUUGCGCCGUUUGUGCCGCCCCGGGUGUCACGCCUCACGUCACUAAUGCCACCUGUCACGCCUCUAGUGCCACCCGAGUGUCACUCUUCCCUAGCAAGUGCCGCCGGUGCCUCGCCAAAUGAACCGUCCUUCAUACAACUAGUGUCGCAAGAGCGUCACGCGUCACGCCCCUAGUGACGCCCGAGUGUCACGUGUUACGUCACUAGUGCCACCCGAAUGUCACGCGUUACUAGUGUCACCAGAGUGUCACGUGUCACUAGUGCUAUCAGAGUGUCACGCGUCAUUAGUGUCACCAGAGUGUCACGUGUCACCAGAGUGUCACGCUCUCUGCCCCGUAUAUUAAUGUGAUGUGCGUUUAGGAGAAUGGGUUACGGGAUUCAUAGUAUUCAUUCCUGAGCAAAGUUCUACUGCGGCCACAGGAGUCACCGUAGGACACCUGCCUCACGCUACACGCUGACGCAUCCUCAGUAAUCACCGUAGGACACCUGCCUCACGCUACACGCUGACGGAGCCGCAGGAGUCAGCGGCGGUGGAGGACCUACCUCACGGUACUCGCAUUUCAACUCACUCUCAAUAAGUCUAAUAUAUCAAUUUAAGAUUUAUACAAGAAAUACGACGUUUAAAGUGUCACAGAGACAACACCGGUGACCGUCAGUUGAACAGCUCUGAGACUAACCAACUUAGCAAUCCCGUUCUUCCCUUGACGACGGCCGCCAGAACUAUAAUACGCGAACCGCUGAGGCAGAGGAGUGUAAUGGUGUGAUUGGUGGUUUGUUGGGUUGUUAGCAAGGCGCGGGGUCCGUCCUCUGGGCAGACGACAGCGGGGAUAUGCUCGCUGCGCCAGAUACCUUAGCCUUCGUCACGAUGAACCAGCUGUGCAAGGUGUGUGGGGAGCCCGCUGCAGGCUUCCACUUCGGCGCCUUCACCUGCGAAGGUUGUAAGUCGUUCUUCGGGCGGACGUACAACAACUUGUCGCAGGUGCACGAGUGCAAGAACGGCGGUCAGUGUGUGAUCAACAAACAGAACAGGACCUCGUGCAAGGCCUGCAGGCUGCGCAAGUGUCUCAUGGUCGGCAUGUCCAAGACUGGCAGCAGAUACGGCCGACGCUCUAACUGGUUCAAGAUCCACUGCCUCCUCCAGGAACAGGCUGCCUACAAUGGCCAAACAGCGGCCAUUCGCACGCCUAUCACUCCCACGCUCCAGGACGGGUCGUUGCCCUUCGUAUCUGCACAUCUUCGGGAAGCCAUGGCUCGGGAGGGGCCGGUGAGGGCCCCGCCUCCUCUGCCGGGACCUGAGCUCCACGGGCCCCAAGACAUUCAGACCUCCCUCUCCUCCCUCACCACAGCCUCCCAGCUUAAUGCACAGGUUGAACGGCGUCUUCAAGAAGAAGCCUUGAAUGCCCUUGCUCGAGGGACUGGUCCUCCCCUUCAGAGCCAAGAUCUGGAGGCGCAUCACAGAGACCAGGUCUUCGAGGUCUUCAGACGAUCGCAAAAUUUUGAAAACCUUCGUAGAACACACGACUACGACUCUUUGAGAAGAAAUGUGGAUCUGGACCCCCUUCGGAGGAACCUGGACAUCGAGACUCUAGACAACCUUCGUCAAGUGGCACCUGAGGUCGAAUCACGGCUCGGCCCACUUGCCGUCCUCGAGUGGGAGAGGAGACUACGAGAAGUUUCGAGGCGCAACGAGGCCGAUGUUGCUCUCGGCAGGAAAGAUCAGAUGACAAUCGACUUAAAAAAUGAACGUCGAACUCAAGAUUCUUCGAGCGUUGCGAAGGCCGUUGACAGGAGUGAGCAGGACGUUGUUUCCACAGUUAACGAUGAGCCCAUCAAAAUCGAAUAUGAAUCGACAAAAGUUUCUUUACCGAAUCGCGAAGAUUUGGAAAAGUCUCGACGAGCGUCACCGAAAUUCACUGACAGAAAAUCCGCGGGAAUGAUAAUGUCAGAGGAGGAAAGAUUAUCCUUUUUAAAAGCGGUCAACAGCCACGCUUCCCUGUACAAUCGAGACCACUCCCCUGCCUCCCACUCGGUGAGAGCGCCUCCGAGUGCCGACCUUCUGUACAGUUCUCUUAACAAUAAUAUUUUCCCGUUCCCGCCAUAUCCUCCGUUGUGGCCCUCCAUGCUGCCUUUUCCACCCCUGGCCAAGUUUUACCCUUCUUUCACCAGCUCUGUUCCUGCCAUUGAUGGUUUCAAGACUUCGGUGUUUGGACCCUCCGAAGCAACGAGUUCAAGACCACCGCAUCGCCUGACGAAGGACGAGACGGUGACGAAGAAGAGAUUCCUGGACGCUGUUCUCCAGGUUCAGAGGCAGAGUGUGAGCCCAAUAGAGCCUCCAACCUCCACCAGAGGAGCGUCUCAGCUGCAUCGGAACAGUGCGCCUCCUCCAGCGUCUCCCUCUGUCACUAGCAGCAACUCCACUACAUCUCACGAUCAACCAAUGGAUCUUACUGUCCGGAGAAAGAGGAAGAUGGACAAGAGCGAGAUCAUAUAUAACCCAGGAGACGACAUAGAUGCCGAUGAUGCCGUAGAUAGCGAAGACGAUAAAGUGGACGAGAAGUGGCUAAAAAGAGAGGAAGAAAUAGUGGAAGAGGAAGAAGAGGAAGAGGACGCAAAACCAGAGGAGUUCCUAGAUUCAGAAACAGAAACCAAGACUGAAAUACCUCUUAAGCUUAUCAAACUGGACUCUCCUGGUGAAACUCUCGUGGUUUAACAUAGUGUGGAAGCCAGUUAUAACUAAUCUCAAACGUGAAACUCAUCAACAUAAUUACAAGUCAGCAAACUUGACUACAGCAGUUGAGUGUGUCGAUACCAGCAGCAUUACAGCGAAUCACUCAGAGUGCUACAAAGUGCUGUAAUGGCCUUAACUUAACCUACAGCCCGACGACUGCAGAGAAGACAUCCACACUGUGAAGAGAGAGAAAGAGAGUGAGAGAGAGAUAUGAACACAAGACACAGUUCUUGGGGUUUAGAACCCAAAAUGAACUUCGAUAUGCAGAAUGAGAGGUUUAGACGAAGAGGCGGAGAGGCUCUGAAUACUUUGAAAAGCAGAAAGAUAACUAACCUGCUAUCAAGGGUUCUCAAGCAGUGUGGAGCCAGACCACAGCUGAUGUAACUCCAGAGUGGGCACAAGCUUUACGCCUUCAACCUAAACCAACACCGGUUAUGUAGAACUGAAUACAUCACCACCGGCUAUAUGAAACUGACUACAACACCACCACCAGUAAUGUAGUGGUGAACCACGACCAGGGUUCACCAAGCAUUUACACAACCACUUACGAAACCGCUACAUCUCUCCUCGAUCAUGGCAGUUUUGUCUACAUAUUUAUUAAACAGUUUACGAGCUUCCAUACUUCACAACCCAAGGUUGUUAUUGUUAUAACCAACCUCGUAGUGCUGCGGCGCUCAAAAGUGGUUUAAUAAAGGCAAAGAUGCUUCAUAAAGCCUGGCCCUGGAAUCUACUGUGAAUGUGUGUUUCUGACUGAAUUUGUGUAAACAAGAUACUUCAAUUGCCAUUAUUACUAUUAUUUUUAAUAUUAUUAUUAUUAUCAGUUUUCAACUGUGUUGUAAAUAGUGGCUGUCAAUUAUUAUGGAUUUAUAGACUAUUGAAAGUGUCAGCAGUUGACUCACGUUUCUCGCCGAUAGAUGGCGAUCGACUCAUAAUCAUUUGUCCCUAACUAUAGAUCACACACACACAAUAUAUAUAUAUA